UGAUGCAAGGAACACGCAUCUCACACAAACCUAACCGCGAGUGUUUUUUAGCCUCCAAAAGGGGCACGUCCGCGUGUUUUUGUGGCCGUUUCUCAUGAGUUUUGGAUGCUCUUUCCAGCAUAUUCGGGAAUCCACCUCAGAUCUAACAUCACAGGAUGAUCAAGGAGGAUGUUAAACUUUUUCUCAUUGCAACGAUUAUUAACUUCUUCAGUGAGUCUGCCGAAUUUCGAGGCCCACACCACCCACAUAGACAUUACAUUCCACAGAAAGAUGGUGUUAAGCUGACACAAGACAAAAAUUUACUCCACGACGCAGAGCAUAUUCAAGAAGAUCUCGGAGACUGGGUGACAAAAGGCUCUGCACGAAAAUUGACACCAGAGGAGCUAGAGUUUCAUUAUUUCAUAGUUCAUGACUUUGACAACAACACGAAGCUCGAUGGAUUGGAGAUUCUGAAGGCUAUCUCACACACCCUUGAUCAUGGCGAGGAGGAAAGCGACAGAGGGGGUAGGCACCAUGCGGAUGAUUCGCACACAGCCACGGAGGAGCCUCUCACAGACGAGGAGAAACGACUCACUGAACAUUAUCAAGGCGUACUUGUUGAAUUGAUCGAUCAAGUGCUCCUGGAGGAUGAUACUGACAAGGAUGGAUUCCUCAGCUAUCCAGAGUUUGUAAUUGGACGGCAAAGAGAAAAAAAGAACAAGCCGCAACAGCAGCAUUAAGAAAGUACCCACUCUGUUAAGGACUCGAUGAUGCUUCCAAUAGUGAAAUUUCGUCGAAAAAUCAACUGACAUUGAAUUCUAAAAAAAAAAAUUAGGUACAAUGUUAUAAUAAGUACCAUUGAAUCGGUCAGUUACAAAAGGGCUUAAGUGCCAGAUAUUAAAACACGAAAAAAAAAAAGCAGUAGGGAUUAUAUUAUGUCUCUGGAGCCAGCCCGUUUUAAAUUACAGAUUAAUAAAUCAUUUGAUUAAUUAUUUCAUCGCUUUAAUAUUUUAGAGCUCCAAGAUUUAUAAGGGGUCAAGUAGAACGAUUAUUACCAUUUUUCUCGAAUUCUCAUUUUUGGCGCUUGAGCCCUUUCGUAACUGAUCGAUUCCAUCGUGGUCAAUGCGUACCUAUCUAUGUACUUCUUUUACUUAGAGGAUCAUUAAAACGAGUUAUCCUGUUUCCUACGUGAAUGAAGUGUGACAAAAUAUUUCAGGCUCGCUCACUUCCUGUUCCUGUCAGUUUGAGCUGAGUCACUCAACCACUUCUUAAGCGUCCACUAUCUUUCCUAAAUGAUGUUACAUAAUAGUUUUGUUUAUCGCACUUGUUAUACGUUUGUUUAAAUUUUGAAAAUUUUGAAGAGCAUUUUUAUAAAUACUGUGAUCUCCACUAAACCUGUUUUAAGGACUACAAAGACUUUAUUAAAGUUCAGAUUCGCAAUUUC